CGGCGAGGUAUCAGCUUCCUGCAGCCUAUAAGGCACAGGCAUGUGUGGACACUGACCGAGCGGAGACAUGUUGAGGAGCGGGUACCACAACAAUGCCCAGAGAGCCGGGUCUCCGUCAGGGACAAGGAGCGGAAGAAGAAGGCGGCGUGGAGCAACAGCAGGCCCAGUGUGGCCAGCACCAAAAUGGGCAGGCAGCAGUCACAAAGGAAGUCUCUGCAGCCGCAGCACACACUGCCGAGUCAAGAAAAUAACAGCGAGAAGAAGCUACAGCAGAGAAGAAAGCAGAAACCUAACACCCCCUCGCCCAAACAAAUGGCAUCUCAACACAGUGCUCGGGGAACCUCAGAGCCAAAGUCCCGCCCACCGUCCCCCGCAGAGGACGGCAUGGAGCUGAAGGUGCGGCCGGCUGCUCGGCACUGCGGCCUCAGGGAACAGAAGCACGGGGGUUUGAGAGGGAGUAGACACACGCCGGCCUUCCCCUGCCACCGCCUGCCUCGGUCGAGUCCUGAUACGCAGGAGACGGCGUCCCAAAUCCCAGAGGGAGGGAGCCCGGGUGGCCAUGAGGAGGGGGACAGUGACACCGACCUCUCCGAGUCUGAGAGACUUCCUGCGUCGCCGUGUGGUCGGCUUCCUCCACAGCUCCAGCUGAGGCCGGAGCUCAUCGAGGACGAGGACCACUCGUCUUGCGCCCGCGGAGCCAGAGGACACGCCCGCGGUCGUGUGGACUUCCCAGACUUCCUCCCUCCGCCUUUCAACUCCUGGAGCCUCGGUCAGUUGGCUGCCUUCUACAACACAGCGGGUCGUGGGGCCCCUCGGCCCCAGCCCGUGGGCCCUUUGGAAAGAUACCUGGAAAGAAUGCUUCAGCUGGAGUGGCGCCAGAUUCAGACCGUCCAGGAGGAGGGCGGGACGCCGUCGGACGCCGUAUCCAGCGGCCACAAAUCGCCCGCUGCCGCCACCUCGUCCCGCCUCAGCGCUCCGAAGUGCAUCCUGCAGUGUCAACGUUCCUUCCCCCUCACCUUCCUCUCCACUCUGGCCAGUCACUGCGCCCUGCUGUCCGGCUGCGCUUGCACCCUCUGCCGCAUCCGCUACUGCGCCUGCAGCAUGUCGCCAAAGUGCUGCCGCUCCGCCCGCCGGUCCAGACCGAGUCCCGCGCCGGAGCGCAGCAGGGGCCCCGCGUCGCUCCCCAAGAGGAGCUCCAGCGAGAGUCGGGUGCACUCGGCGGAGAGGAGCUGUGCGUCCCGAGCUCCGAGGUCCGGCAGCCCCGCAAGGACCAACAGCCACCUGAAGAGAAUGCAGGCCUCGGGCAACAUCCGCAACCCCGCGCACGGCGCUGACGCGAAGCCCCAGUCCACUGCCGGAGACUCGAGUGUCGGGGCCCGCUGUGGUGCGCGGGGAGGCGUGUCGGACUACGGGCCCGGGAGGAGGAGGAGCGGCUCUGAGCAGAGAAGAGGCGGAUCCGAGAGACGACAAGGUGCCGCGGAGAAAAGACGAAGUGGCUCGGAGUGCAGAAGAGGGGGAGCCGAGCGCAGGAGAACAGCCGACAUCAGGGAUUGGGAAAUAAAACCGGAUGCCAUCACUGCAAUAAUGGACAAUUUACCUGGGUCCAAGAAUUGUCCAAUAAACAGACCAAACAGACCGAAACAGGUUGAAUUUGUCACAUAGUAGCUCGCUGAGGGCUGGAAGUGCAAUCUGCAUGUCAUAUUAAUUAUGAAUGUAUAUCUUCAAUAUUUUUUCUUAUUUGACCAGUCUGUGACAAAGUGCAAGAUCGUAAAUGUACUUUUUUAAAUCUUGAGUGGAUGUUGUGAGAUUUGUAUUGAUUAUUUUUUGUAGCCAUUUACAGUUUGAUUAUGACGUUUAAUCCAAUGCUGUGAUUGCAGUCAAAUAAGCUAAAUGCAACUUUGGAUGUUUACAUACAUACAAUAAAUCCUUUGAGCAUGUGGAUAUUUAUUUUAGUUUUCUAUAUAAAUCAACCCAGCAAUACACAAUGUGUAUAUUUCUAUGCAGGAGUUUUCAACACACCACUUGUGAUUCUAUUUUGGUUUGCCAAAAAAAUGUACUGCAAAAUAAGUCAUUAAAGUUUACAACAAUUGGAAUUGAA